UGAACCUUCAUCGACAUUUCAGCUUUGAACAUAACAAACGUACAAAUUCGGUAACAUAACAUUGUCUCUUCAGCAGCACUGAAUGACAAACGAAGCCUAACUGUAUCAUACCUUUUUAUUUCGACGGUGUAUGCUAACUGGCUGAAACGCUAGUCUUUUUUGAGCGAAGAGAUGGUUGUUUAGUUAGCACAACUGGUAAAAAAAAAAACCGCUCGCGAUUAGCAAGGCGCUGAGCCUAAAAAGGAGAAUAAUUCCGAGUCAUCACAGAAAGGAACGAGUAAAGCACGCAAGACGCUACAUUUUGUUCAUUUCAACAGAUGAAACGUUUUAUUACUUAUCGUAUACAUAACCACAAAUUAUUUGUCUUGAAUCCACUUGACUUUUUCGCAUCCGUAAUUCCGGACAGCAGUGUAUUGGCGCCGUUUGCCGGUGAAGAAAUGCACUGCGCGCAACCACAAAGGGCCGCGACUCCGUCCCAGUCGCAAAUGAGAAUAAUGGAUAACGAAAUACAUCACAUAGAAGAGCAGCUCCACUAUCUUCUUAGCAAAACCGACGAGUUUCAGGAUCACCUCCUGUACAGCCAAGGCUGUUUAAAGAACAAGGGAUUUGCUGAAGCGGUGCAAUCAUUCCUGCGGGUUUGUCAGUUAUUCUUCACCUACCUGGAGUCUCUGGCCCGUGACUCUUUUCCUGAUCGUUCUCACCUGCACCCCUACAUACGCCAUCGACUGUUGCACUUCACUCAGCGGAUGUGCACUAGGCUGGAGCAGAUGGUGCUCAUGUUCGCCUCCUUUGGCUGGGUCUCUCUGGAAGAGUCUGACCCGUCCGGCUACUUCCUGUGCUGCGAGGACAUCCCCGUGGGGGAGAGAGGAGGAAGAGGAGAGGAGGGCCAAACAAGAAAGGGGAUGUGGUCCAUAGGCCAGUGGGUGCAAACAUAUCCAGACCCCAACGCCGACCACAUCUACGACUGGGUCCUGUGUGCAGUUCCUCAGGGUCAGUACAAGCAGUUGGUGUGUCUGGGUGAGAAGGAACCCUUAAACUGCAUCGCCACAGAUUACCUGCUGGAGGCGCUGUUCUCUGGAGCAGCACCAAGCAUCAGCCAUGGAAGAGGUCCAUGUACUGUUCAUAACAUGGCAUGAAGAGCCAUGACACCUUGUGUUCAUAACGCUUUGUUCAUGUUGAUUAAUGGUGUGUUAGUUCAUACUUUUGCGGUCUGAUGUUUUAUAGGAUAAACCCUGCCUAGAAAAAUGUUUG